GACGUCAGUGUUUGUGUGGGGAAGAUGGCGGAGGCUGCGGCGGUCCCACAGCAUCGCUUCUUCUGUCACUGUUGUAAAGGUGAAGUCAAUCCCAAACUCCCGGAAUAUAUAUGUCCCAGAUGUGAGUCAGGCUUCAUAGAGGAAGUGACAGAGGAUUCCAGUCUCCUGGAUGGUGGUGCCACUGGGAUUAAUGAUGACGUAGCCACGCAGUUUGCAGAGCUCUGGCACCUGCUGUUUGUGGAGCGCUCGCCGCCUUUCACGGUAGACUCCGACAGCUCCGACUCCGACCCCCGCAUCUCGGGGGGCGGGGGCGGCAUGGCUGGGGGUUCCCUCUGGGGAGGGCCAGGAGGGGGUGCUCUGGGGUCCGCUCUCGGAGGGUCGGAGCACUGGGGGCCAGGCCGCCCCCCUCGCGUGCAUAGUCAGAGGAGAUACCGGUCCCGGGGAAGCAGCAGACCUGACCGGUCCCCAGCAGUGGAGGGGAUUGUACAGCAGUUUUUGGCUGGCCUAUUUGCUAACUCUGGAGGACCUGGCUCUCCUCCGCUUUCGUGGACGGGCAUGCUGCACUCAAAUCCAGGGGACUACGCCUGGGGUCAGGGGGGGCUGGACGCAGUCAUCACGCAGUUGUUGGGUCAGUUUGAGAACACGGGCCCACCCCCAGCAGAAAAAGAGAAGAUCUCCUCUCUCCCCACAGUCAUAGUGUCUCAGGAACAAGCCGAUUCCAACAUGGAGUGCCCGGUGUGUAAGGAGGACUACAUGGUGGGGGAGCCCGUUCGGCAGCUGCCCUGCAAUCACUUUUUCCAUAGCGACUGCAUAGUGCCCUGGCUAGAGCUGCACGACACGUGUCCCGUGUGCAGAAAGAGUCUGAGCGGAGAAGACAGCAGCACCCAGACCCCUGCAGAGCCCUCGUCCCUCAGCACUGACACUCGCACACAGGAGAGAUGGUCCUUCUGAGAGAGGCCGCGCCCCCCUCACCCCUCCACGGUUCCCCUGUCUGCCUCGCCCUUCAGGCAGCAGUGAGAGAGAGAGACACGCCCCCGCUCACUCCUCCCUCCCUCUCCCCUAUACCUCCUGGCUCACAGAAGACACGCCCCCCCAUUCACGCCCACUCCUGGCUGCUCUCCUGCCCCCCUCAGAGACCUACAGUGCUUAAUCUCCGCUUGGUCCUACUCUCCUCUGGCGGCGGGGGGGUGGGGGGCUCGCUCUGGCUUGAAAGAUUGGCACGUAUUACCCUUCCUGUCUGAAAUCCAUCCUUCAAAUAGACUCUGGAGGCUCUGGUAGGACAUUACUCCCAACGCCCUCAAAAACACUCACAGCAGUAACACCACACCCACAGAGUAAGAACUGGCUUGUCAGCUGAUUUCCCCCCUCCCCCCCCCCCCUCCCUCCCUCUUUGGCUGUUGAAAACACAACAGCGGGCUGUGAUGAAUGUACACAAUGUUACGCCAUCGCUCUACCUCCCUUAGAGCCGUGCUCCUCUCUCCCCUCCCUCUCUCUCCUUCUUCAUCUCUCUGGGUCCCCCUCUCCAGCUUUCACACACUGCAAUCAUGCUGUCCUUUCGUCUUUUUGCCCUUGGAUCUCUUUAAAACCACGGAGCCAUACUUCCCCACAUACCUCUCUUGUCUUUACACUGGUCUCAACCUUCCUGUAUUGCCCUCUUGCUGGUGUAUAUAUUAUACAUCAGCAGGUCCUCUGCGGUUUAUUUCUUUGGUGAACAGUUUUCUCUUGUUUCAUCUCAAUCACUCUAUUUUUUUAAUGUAAAUAAUUUUAGUCCAACAACUUCUGGUUAAUA